ACACACACACACACACACACACACACACACACACACACACACACACACACACACACACACACACACACACACACACACACACACACACACACACACACACGUGCAAGCACUGAAGCGCGAGCGCGGUUUGCUCAAUUAGAUCAUAAUCGGGUUUUAUUCAAUUAUAUUCAAAAGUGAAGGAACAAUUGGUGAGACCGACUGCGUCAUUUUCUGAUAAAAGAGGUUUUCCAAAGAGUACUGUCAUUUUUGUAUCAUUAACUGAAAGACUCCUUUCACCUACGUCAUUUCAACUCCCACGCGCGACGUGCACGUAUGGUGAGUAUCCCCCUCUGCAUCCCCUUCUCUCCAGCCCCCCUCCUCCGUGCUCCACAACUAUUCACGUGCAGCGGGGACGUCUGGUGCACUGACUGUCUCAAGAUAAGAAGGGCGCUGCUACCGCCCGCCGCGAGCACCGUCCUCGCGCCGCCGGAGCAGCUGGUUGGUGGUGGCGGCCGCGGCUCACAUGUGGCUCAGACGCGUGGCCGCCGGAGUGCCGGGAAGGCCGCUAUCCCUCUCGCGCUCACGCCGCCUAACAUUCUCCGCUCAGUCCGACCACGCCACUACACAGGCGUCCCUCGGCCAACCAUUGAGGCGUGAACACAAAUUACUGUGGUCCAGUUCAGUGACUGUUGCUAAUGACAACAAGUGUCUGGCCUACCAGAGAUAAGAGCCACAGUACGUUCAUUCAUGAGUGCCGUGUGGGUUCAUUCAUGACUGGGGUUGUAGUACGCGCGAGUGUGUCUACAGCUGGAAGGAGUUCAUAAAAACUGGCUACCCUGCAAGUCGACCGGCGCCUUUCUCCUUCCCACUGAGUGGCAGAACACUACGAAGGAAACCACAAGAAGCGUUGCUUGUGGCUCAAGUGUGAAGUUCAGCAGCAGAGGUUUACUGCAGCCCAACAUGGUGUAUCAGAUCUUCAGAGAACUGCGGGUCCAGCGACGCUACACAGAGCUCAGAGAUCACGAGGCGCUACCAGAGAAGGUGUGGCUGUACCCGGAGGAAGGAUGGGCGCGCGCCUCCUGCAACAGCCACUGGCUGCUGAAGACGCCGUGGUGGUCCAGGAGACACUGCCAUAUCCUGGAGGUGGAGGGAACCCGCAGACACAAGACAGUGGGGCGAGUGGUGCCCACGCGUGAGGGGGAGGUGGUGGUGGAGGGCACCUUCCGCGGCCACCAAGACGGAGACUUCAGACUAGUGCUGACCUCCGCAGCCCUCACUCCCGCUGACCACCGUCUGGGCUACCUCAUGACCGGCUCCCUCGAAAGGGGUGAUCGCAAGUUGGGCAGGUGGCAAACCACACACCUAGCCGUCACCAAGCGCUCUGGUUUCUCCUGAAGACGGGAAGGGACGAAGCCAUAGCUGGAGCUUAGCCUCCCACAGCAGCAAUGAAGUGCUGCUCCCGUGGCUGUGAUGGCUGGCAACGCCUCGCCUGCACCGCAUCCCAAGAGGGAGUGUUGGUAUUUGCUCACUGCAAAUCGACGACCUGGUGGCCCCGCGCUGCACUACACGCCGCCGUCCAGGUGGAAGUCCAUGAUGUGACUCUGAAGACGUCACAGUUGGGUGCUGCUCGCUAAGCGUCUCGGGUCACACCUUCAGGGAGUCUUCUCACCCAUCACUGGCUUUCAGCUCAAUUUUUCUUUUUCACCUCUCACGAAUCUGUCCUAGAGGGAAGGCAGCCGUCAUGGCCAUUUCGCCUACUUAGUUUUUGCCUAAAUAUCAAUACAGGAUUAUACUUAGUAUACUGAGCUUGUGAUAUACCUGAUACAUUUAAGUUUGAACACGAACAGAUCCACAUAAUUGAGUUGAUUACAUUGAUGUGUGUGUCUCAAUCAUUACAGCCUGAGAAUUGUCAUUUCCUUGUUUGCUCUUGCUACCUCAAGUUCUUCACUGGCGCCCUUUGGAGUCUUCACCACACGAGGCACAACCCGCCCCCCCCCCGUUGUGAUGGGGAGUCAGCACUAAUAGUGAACAGUUACUUAUAAGUAAGGUCUAUGUGAUGGAGAGGAGAGGCUGACGACACAAGCUGACGCUUCAUGUUAAGCAAGCAAACACGUGGCACGCGAUAUACGUAAAGUGAUUUUCAGCAUGGAGUGGAGAACAAUAAAUUAUUUUUAUUAUC